AUGGAAACUAAACCAAAAAGUGAACACUUGUUAGCACUGAAAGUGAUGAGAUUAACUCGACCUACUCUUGCAAGUCCAGUAGUGGUUACUUGCGAUUCAAUGGAUCUUCCUGGAAAUACAUUAAAUAAUGAACUGAAAAAUGAUUGUACUGCUUUGCAAGGAAUGGAAACUCUUGCUGUAGGACAAUUUAUGGUUUUACCACAAAGUUUUGGGAACAUUUAUUUAGGUGAAAUCUUUUCAAGCUAUCUUUGUGUACAUAAUGGCAGUAAUCAGUUAGUCAAAAAUGUUAUUGUUAAAGCAGAUUUACGAACAAGUACUCAAAUUAUUCCCCUUUCUGGUAGUAGUAGAGAAAUGAAAGAUUUACCACCUGAUAGUACAGUUGAUGAAGUAAUACAUCAUGAAGUAAAAGAAAUGGGCACACAUCUACUAGUAUGUGAAGUAAUUUAUACACCUACAAAUUCAAGUGGCACUCCACAGUCAUUUACAAAGUAUUAUAAACUUCAAGUAGUGAAACCCUUAGAUGUAAAAACAAAGUUUUAUAAUGCAGAGUCAGAUGAAGUGUAUCUUGAAGCACAAAUACAGAAUCUUACAGCAGGACCUAUAUGUUUAGAAAAAGUUUCACUUGAAUCAUCAAAUUUAUUUAGCGUCUCAACUCUCAAUACAAACGAAAAAGGAGAAUCUAUUUAUGGAUUAGUUAACGUAUUAGAUACUGAUUGUAGCAGACAGUACUUGUAUUGCUUAAAACCACAAUUAACUUUAUUAAAGGAUCCAAAAAUGAUGCACAAUGCAACAAAUAUUGGGAAAUUAGAUAUUAUUUGGAGAAGUAAUUUAGGAGAAAGGGGAAGACUACAAACAAGUCAGUUACAAAGGAUGGCACCUGAAUAUGGCGAUCUACGAGUUACCAUGAAAGACAUUCCUCUGAAAGUUUAUCUUGAACAGUCAGUUAAAUUUAAUUGUCGUAUAAUAAAUACAUCAGAAAGAAGUAUGGAUUUAAUGCUUAGUUUGGAAUCUAGUAGCUCUAUAGCGUGGUGUGGCAUAUCAAAUACAAAGAUUGGAACAUUAAAACCAGGAGUAUCAAUAGAUAUCCCAUUGUGUCUGAUUGCAUUGCAUAGUGGUAUUAUAACUAUCUCAGGGUUAAAGUUGGUAGACACAUUCUUGAAGAGGACAUAUGAUUAUGAUGAUUUAGCACAAAUAUUUGUCAAUCAAAUAGACUAG